AAACGAGCAUUUCCGUUUCAUUUAUAGUUAAGUGAUCAUUUAGAGUAGAACGAAAUUGAAAAUUGUUCAGAAUGAAUCGAAUAUUCCUUGUGUUAUUUUAUAUUUUUAAUUUAGUGGUGAUAGCAUUAGCAACGUGUACCGUUACCAAUUAUGAAGAAGGGAUUGGGAAUCGAGUGAAGUGUUUAAACGAAAGCCUGUCAAAAGCACUGGAUCAAGGAAAUAACGUAGUAGCUGCGAUCUUGAUCAUUCAAUCGGAUAUACGUCAACUCCCGAAAGACACAUUUAUAAGAUACGCCAAGACUCUGGUGGCUCUGAACUUGCACUACUGUAAUAUCAAGGACAUCGACGACGAUGCUUUUCGUGGUUUGACUUAUAUCCAAAAACUCAGUCUCUCGAGUAAUAACAUUAGCCAAGUAAAGGAUCGUUGGUUCCGAGAAAUGAGUUCUUUGCAACAGUUGGAUUUAUCUUAUAAUCAGAUAAAGACAAUUCAACCUUUAGCCUUCAUACCAUUAUCGAAUCUUCGUAGACUCGAUCUUAGUGAAAAUCAACUCGGAUGUUUGGAAAACAACGUUCUUCAACCAUUGAGAAGUCUCGACAAAUUACGUUUCCAUGGUAAUCCAUGGACCUUCGAAUGUCGUGCUAAGCUUACUCUGUGGCUACGAGAUCACGGUGUUAAUUACAAGAUCGAUCCACGUGGUCCAGAAUUCUGGCUGGACAACGUACUUUGGCUCUGUGCCGCGGACGAUUCCAUUCCCUUAGGGGAUAAGAACGAGCAAAUGGUGGAAUGCGUCAUUUUGAAUCUUUUCAAUCAAUUACGUACAGUUUGGACGUUACCCGGUUCACCCUCAAUACCGCAACAGUGUUCACAAGGGAGAAAGGAUCUUACGAAAUGUUUAGUCACCGGUGGACAUAAAUCAUUGACGUAUUCUGCUACAAAUGGUGGAUUUAUUAAAAAUUUACUUUUACAGCUUAGAGAAUCAAAAUCGAGUAUUUGAUUUUAUUUCGAUUUUUAUUUUAUUUUUUUUUGUUUUCAUUAUGAUUGCACGAAUUUUCUUCUUUUCUUAUUUUAAGUUAAAAUAAUUAAUAAUAUUAUUCGUUUCUCUGCCUGUCUGUCUAUUACAAGAUAAUAAAUUUAUUCUCUCUCUGGCCUUGAAGAGAACAAGACAAA